AUGGCAGCGAAGAAGGCGGCGGAUACAUUUAUGAGUGCCUGGGCAAGGAGACAAUGGAUUGAACGAGAGUCGGACAUGCCAGCAGCUCCAGCUGAUGUUGAGAGCAUGUAUUCCACACACGAGGAGAUGAUGAGCCAUCCUCUUGCUGAGUCUGACUUUGGCGGAAUCGCCGGGUACAAACUUGGAGCUGCUGGUGCUGAGGGAGAAGUUGCAAUCUAUGCGCCAAUUUUUAACAAAUUCGUGGUUGAAAAUUCAUUGUCGAUGUCACAAUCAGCUUUCAACAUGCAUACCCUUGAGGCCGAGAUUGGCGUCAUCAUCUCCAGAGAUCUUCCACCACGUGACAGCUCAAUGCCGUACACUCUUGAUGAAGUUUGGUCGGCAGUGGGAGCUGUCCGUCCUGUGAUUGAGUGCUGUGGUAGAAGGAUGACGCCUGAGCUCAAUGCCAGGUUGACUCCCCUGGCAAAGUUCAACGACGCGCUCAUGACAGGAGGAGUUGUGCUGGGAGAGAGGUUUGAAGCCAGCAUGUUCACACCAGCGAGCCUAGCAGCUGUAGAAUCCAAGAUCUGCAUCAACAGCGGGGUAGCGGCUGAGGGCAAGGGUAACGCAUGCCCGGCUGGCGGCCCAAUCGAGAGUCUGACCUGGUUUGUGAAUCGUCUGCAUGGCCGCGGACACUCACUGCGAAAAGAUCAGCUGGUGAUUACAGGAGCCACAUGCAAGACAUUGUCCUUCAAGGCCAAUGAUCAAGUGGUCGCAAAAUUUUCCGGAUUUCCCGAUGUUUCGACGACGAUACUUUCAUGA